AUGACUUUUGUAAAGCGCCUUAUCUCUAUGGGAAACAUUCUACAAGUUGAUAUGGUCGAAACAAUUACAUCCUACAUACCAAGUGGGAAAAUCUCCAAUGUCUACGCAUUGACGGAAACUGGAAAAAUCGCAUCUGAAACGGAAAAUGCAUCCAAUUUAUCUGUUGGAAAACUCAAUCCAGGUGUUCAUGCAAAGAUUGUCAAUGAAGCUGGUGAGAAGCUUGGAGUUGGGGAUGUAGGAGAGCUUUGUGUUAAAACCCAAACGGAAUUUAUGGAAUAUUUCAACAAUCCUAAAGCCACAGCAGCUGCCAGAGACAGCGACGGUUGGAUCCGUACAGGAGAUCUUGCAAAUUUUGACGACAACGGACACUUAAUAAUCAGGGGACGUAAGAAAUUUAUUCUCAAGCACAACAAUUUCCACGUAAGCCCUGUAGAACUGGAGGAAAUUCUCUGUAGACAUCCUGAUGUGCUUCAAGUAGCUGUUGUUGGUGUACCUGAUCCCCUGUUCAAUGAUCUUCCAGCUGCAGUUGUUGUACGACGAGAAAACUCCACCAUAGAUGAAGAAGAAUUUUUGAAGUUUCUUGAGGGGAAAAUUGUGGAUUUUAAGAAGCUCAGGGGAGGAAUUUAUUUUGUGAAAGAGCUUCCUACAACACCAUCAGGGAAGAUAAAAACUUUCCACACAAAAACAACAGUGAUUGUCAAUAAGACAACUCCACAGAGACUUAUGAGUAUUGUAAGUUCAAGACUGCACACACUUCCUCCGGCUGUUACACUCAACAUAUUCUCCGUCUUAAGAAGAUCUUCUUUGCCACUGAAAAAGUCCCUGCAGGUAAUUUCCUUCUUCUUACCACAAGUUAUAUUUCUCUUGCAUUGA